GUACUCCACGCGUAUUGGCGCGGCCAGCUGUCUCUCCUCGCUGGGGAGGGGGCGCGCGGCUGCGGUCCCUCUGCAGAGGGCUGCGCGCUUCACGGCCUCCGGUGCUCCCAGUUGUUCGGGCCCGUGCGCCUCGGCCUCGCGAUCAGGGCUUCCCUGAGACUGCGACGAUCUGGGUAAAUGGAGACUCUGGAUCAGGAAUGAAUGCGCUGAGCCCCUGGUGACAGCAACAGACCCCGGGGUCCUGGUCAUCAGAGAGCGAGGGAGCGGAGACUGCAAGGUCGCUGAUCCUCAGGCGUCUCCAGGUUGAUCUUUGAAUAAAGGAGAAUUUUGUCCAGGAAAGAGUUUUCAUUCAAAGAGGAAAUUAAAAGACGAGAUCAUGAGCAACAGAUAAACAAGGCAUUUGUAUCCUGAAGAAGCCAUAGAAACAGGGCAGUGUAAAAGCAGGGCAGCAGCCUGGGAGACAUUGGACUUGGUGUGAUAUUUUUGUCAUCAAAGACUUCAGGAGGAAGAGAGAAGACACCUUUCCAGAGAAUGAAAGAGUGCACCGUAAAAAUGGAGGAGACCAGGGUUUCUGAGAUUCAAAUAGAAACUAAGGAUGAGAAGGGGCCAGUAGCAGUGAGUCCUCAGGAAGAGAGACAAGAGAGAAAAACAGCCACACUUUGCUUCAAGAGAAGAAAGAAAGCAAACAAGAUGAAGCCCAAAGCUGGUUCUGAGACUGCUGAGGUGACAAAGAAGUGUCCCCCAGAAGCGGGGGUUUCUCCUCAGCUGCAGCCAGCGGGGGCCUGGGCCUCCAUCAAACGCUUUGUGACACGCAGGAAAAGGUCUGAGUCUUCAAAAAAGCCUAAGUUAUCUGAGCCUGAAGCGCAGCCUGAGGAUGUGGCACUUCCUGAAAAAAAGGCAAAAUCCAGACUUAAGAUUCCUUGCCUAAGAUUCUCAAGAGGGGCAAAGAGAAGUCGUCAUUCCAAACUCACAGAAGACUCAGGCUACGUCAGGGUCCAGGGAGAUGCUGACGAUUUGGAGAUAAAAGCCCAGACCCAGCUGGCUGACCAGGCAAUCCAGGGUAAGUCCACCCAGGGCCUACAGGAAGAUGUGUUGGCGGAGGAUGGUAAAGAGGGCCGCGAAUCACAUGUAAGCAACAGUGUCACAUCAGCAGAGAAGGUGAUUUCCGUAGAACUGGAAUUAGAAAACCAGUCUUCUGCUAUUCAGAUGGAGACUACAGGGCUUGAAACGGAAACUAAAGUGAUUACGGAAAAGCCAAGUGUACAAGCACAGCAAGCAAAUCUAUUUGAGAGCUCAGAAGCAGCUAGCCCGCAGCCAGUGGCUUCUGCGGCUCCUCCCUCACCAGCAGCCAAACAGCGGCGCGGUGUAGAACAACCCAGUGCCAACAUCCAAGAGAGUGCACCAAGUGCGAAAGAUGAGGGGAGUAGAGGGAGUGCUGCUGAAGAAAAGAAAGCAGAAGAAAUUGCGCUGAGCCAGGCACCAGAUCUGAAAGAAAAUGGAAUUGAUGCAGAGAAACCCCGAUCAGAAGAAAGCAAAAGGAUGGAGCCAAUUGCUAUUAUCAUCACAGACACUGAAAUCAGUGAAUUUGAUGUUAAGAAAUCUAAAAAUGUCCCUAAGCAAUUCCUAGUUUCAAUGGAAAAUGAGCAAGUAGGGGUUUUUGCUAAUGACGGUGAUUUCGACGGGAGAACUUCAGAGCAAUAUGAAACACUCUUAAUAGAAACAGCUUCUUCUCUCGUCAAGAAUGCUAUCGAGCUGUCUGUAGAACAGCUGGUGAAUGAAAUGGUUUCCGGGGACGACAAAAUAAAUGCCCUGCUACAGUGACUGCACUUCCAGAUCACAGGAAGAGAGAGAAACCCCUUAAAAGAUGGAUUCUUUUAUACGUUUGUGGCACUUCUUCUCUCUUAGUGAUAAAUUAGAGGCUUAUCUUCUGUGGAAUCGAAAGAUACAAUUCCAGCCCAGAAGUGCUAAAGAAUAAAUGAAGUUUAUAAAACUCCGUCAUUGAAACACAGUCAGUUCUGGACGGGGGUGUAUG